CACACAUUCUUGCCGGCAGAUUGCACUUUUGUUGUUGUUCGUUUAUAUUUGCUGCUACUUUGCUAUUCUUUUUCAAUUAUUGCACAUAUUUGCAUCAAUUGAACGCAAGUGUAACAGAAAUACGCUUCCCUAUGCGAUAAAGAUGUUAGUUAAUCAUAUUUAGUGUGUUAAUAGAUGAUUUGACAUUGUGAUAAGUUUACGAUGACAUCGAAGGCAAAUGGCAAUGGAACUGCCCAAAUUUUGGGCGAUGAGUACGUGGCCAAAUUAUCGCUUCAACCGGAGAAUAAGAUCUUUCAACGAUUACAGGAGUUGGGAACCUAUUUUAAGGAUCAAUAUGGCUCCAAGCCGGAAUUUUAUGUCCGAGUCCCAGGACGUGUUAAUCUCAUAGGCGAACAUGUUGACUAUUGUGGCUAUUCAGUUUUACCCAUGGCUCUGUCCACGCAAAGCAUAAUAUUAGCUGUUGGUCCUAAUCCCGUGGAGAGUCAAUUACAACUACGUAAUCUUGAUGAGGCCAAGUUUCAAGGAUUUGAGUGUGAUUUAAAGAAGUUUAGCAUUGAGCUACCCAAAAUUGGUGGUCCAGCGUGGUAUUUGUAUUUCCUCUGUGGCAUCAAGGGUGUCCAGGAACAUCUGGGGAGUAAGUGGCAGCCCCGGGGCAUGCGAAUUGCCGUUAUCGGCAAUGUUCCUCUGGCAGCUGGUCUCUCUAGCUCCAGUGCCAUGGUCAGCUCUGCAGUAUUGGCCACAGCCAAUGUGCAGGGCAUGCAGUUGGAUCGUAAGGAGCUGGCCUCCAUAUCGGCCAGGUGUGAGCAAUAUAUUGGCACGCAUAGCGGAGGAAUGGACCAGGCCAUUGCCUAUCUGGGAAAAGAAGGAUGUGCCCAUCACAUUGAGUUCCAUCCGAAAUUGAAGGGGACUCCGGUUACAUUGCCAGCAGGCAAAUGUUUCGUAGUCGCCAAUAGUUUGGCACAGAAAAACAAGGCAGCCUCCUCGGACUACAAUGAACGCGUAGUGGAGUGCCGUCUGGCCACUCGCUGGUUGGCCAAGUAUAAAAAUCUCAGCAAUUGGCGGAAUUUUACACGUUUCAUUGACCUCGAAGAAGCCUGUCGUAUGGACAAUGCCACAUUUGAGGAGCUGAUUGAGCAGCAGUUAACCAAAUUGAUUUAUUCCCGAUCAGAUAUAUGCCAAGAGUUGGGUAUAACUGAGCAAGAGCUUGAAAAAGAUUUCUUAUCGGCCAACACCCGGCAUAUGGAACAGUUUAAGCUGCGUCAACGGGCCCUUCAUGUCAUACAGGAAUCUGGUCGAGUAGCUAAAUUUCGAAAAAUAUGCGAGCAAUUGGCUUUGCGAUCAAGUGAAGAGGAUGUCAAGCACCUGGGUCAACUUAUGCGUCAAUCUCACCAAAGUCUACGUGAGCUCUACGAGUGCUCGCAUCCAGAUGUGGAGCGCUUAAUCGCCAUAUCCAAUAAAAUGGAUGUCAGUGCACGUGUAACAGGAGCGGGAUGGGGCGGCUGUAUUGUGGCCAUGUGUAAUUCAAUUGAUGCAGCUGAGCAGUAUAUCAAAGUGCUUAAAACUGAUUACUAUGCCCACUUGCCGGCUCACCUUUUGGAGCGCUAUCAGCCAAAUGAUUUCAAUGAGGUUGUUUUUGCCACAUUUCCCGGCAAUGGGGCCGAGUUGAUUGUUUAAUUAUGGAUUGCAAAAAAUCGUUUAAAAAAAAACCCUAAACAACUUUAUCUCUGUAUAUAUAAAAAAAGAUAUACAAUGAUUGUGUGUAUAUAAGCAUAGUUCUAUCCUAAUCUUUAGUCAUUCCACACACACACACACACAUACAUAUGUAAUCUUUGUGAGAGAAAACUGUCUGUUUUGCUAUUUAUGUACAAUUUAUUAACAAUCUUAUCGAACUAGAAUACAACAAGGCACAAUUGAAA